AUGUCUUUAUUCGGUGACAACGACACGCCGCAGCACGCGAAGCAGUCGUCGUCGCUCUUCGAUGACGAUCCCAAGCCCGCGGGCAAGACGGGCAACAGCUUGUUCGCAGACGACCUGGACGCCAACGACUCGCCCUGGGGCUUGCCAACACCCAAGAAAGCGGCACGUGAAGCUGUCGUCAAGUCGCUGCUUCCUGCCUCGGAUGUGCCCGACUUGUACAUUGACGCAUUCGACGCACUGCUAGACGCUGGGAAUCGCGAGGGCAAUGGAGUCAGUGUGGAGGGUGUAAAGAAGCUGCUGGCUGAUAGUGAUAUCCCCGGUCACGCCCAGUCCAAGAUUCUCGAGAUUGUACUACCGUCCGGUGGCAGCGCCGAACUGGGAAGGAACGAGUUCAAUGUUGUCUUCGCCCUGAUUGGGUUGGCGCAAGAGCAUGAGGACAUCACCCUGGACAGCGUCGACGAGAGGAAAAGGAGUGAGUAUCUUCCCGUUCCAACCGUGACGCUGCCGCAGUCCACCAAGGCUCGCGAACCAUCUCCUCCCCCCCAACAGGUCCAGCCGCCCACCCCUCCCGCACCGCAACGCCAGCCCUCUACGCAGCCAUCGCCUCCUGCAACUAGGUCAAGUGCGCCUAUGCGCAAGCAAUCCUUCGGCGACCCAGAGGCCGAUCCUUGGGGUAGCCCCGACCUGCACAGAGGCCAUAGCCACGCAAGCUAUACAAGCGCACAACCGCAUACCAACGGCUCGACUGCACCUCCUACGGCACGAACGACAAGCCAGUUUACAACACAACCGACUGCGACUUCCUCAGACAUCCCGCAACCCGUCCAACCGAGUUCCCUGAGCAGUGAGGGCGGCUGGGGUGGAUACAAUGGCGGCGUAAACCAACAAUUCUCCGCCCCCGGUUUGGGAGAAGGGGGAUUUGGCGCGCCCACAGGUGAAGAUGGAGGCUCAAACGCGACACCUGAGUUGGGCAGAUCCAUCGGCCGACUAAACCCGGGUGGUAGUGGGAACGAGGAGGUCAUAACCAUUACCGCGCUCUCGGAGAAGGAGGGCAUGUUCAUGUUCCAGCACCGCAACUACGAAGUCGCCAGCUCGAAGCGCACAACCAAGGUCGUCCGGCGAUAUAGCGAUUUUGUCUGGUUGUUAGACUGCCUGCACAAGCGGUAUCCCUUUAGACAACUGCCAUUGUUGCCCCCAAAGAGGGUCGGUAUCAACGGCAACCCAAUAGCUGCAGAUGCUACUUUCCUCGAGAAGCGAAGAAAAGGUCUUGCGCGUUUCACGAAUGCGCUCGUACGGCAUCCGGUCCUCAACCAGGAGCAAUUGGUAGUCAUGUUCCUGACAGUGCCCACGGAACUCGCAGUAUGGCGCAAACAAGCCAACCUCUCAGUCCAGGAAGAGUUCACUGGCAAACCUCUACCACCCAAUCUUGAAGACUCCCUCCCAAAAACCCUGCCCGAACUCUUCGAUACCGUCCGAUCCGGCGUCCGUCGCAGUGCAGAAACCUACAUCACCCUCUGCAGCAUGAUGGAGCGACUCUCCCGCCGCAACGAAGGCAUGGCAGCCGAAUAUGCACGCUUUUCUUCCGCUCUCAGUGGCCUCACAGAAUCAAGUCAAGAGACAUACGCAGUCGACACAAACGAUGUUCCCUUGUUAAACGAAGGCAUGAACGCCACAGCACGACAUCUCGAUUCCAGUAGACAAUUGCUAGAAGACGAAGCAAGAGGAUGGGAAGAAGGUGUUCUCGAAGACCUGAAGAGGCAGCGAGACACACUGGUCAGUGUACGCGACAUGUUUGACCGCCGGGACAAGUACGCCCGCGACAACAUUCCCCAACUGGAAAAGCGCAUCGCAAACAAUGAAUCUAAACUCCAUAAUAUCCGCCAGAAAUCUGCCGACCAGAUUAAACCCGGCGAGGCGGAGAAGGUGGAGGAUGCUAUUUUCAAGGACAAGGAAUCCAUUGUCCAACAACACGCCCGCGGCGUCUUCAUCACAGAAUGCAUCCGCGACGAACUCGCUUUCUUCCAAAAGAGCCAAUAUCAUGUGUCCAGAUUGCAUCAGGAGUGGGCGCAGGAACGGGUCAAGUACGCCGAGUUGCAGGCUGACAACUGGAGGGCGUUGAGUGAGGAAGUGGAGAGCAUGCCGGUGGCUGAGUAA